CCGGCCGUACCGGAAGUGGCGACUGCUCCGCGCGGAUGGCGGUGGCGGCGGCGGCGGCGGCGGCGAUGGCGGCGGCGGGCUGCGCGGGCGCUGGGGCGGCCCGCUCCCUCUCUCGCUUCCGAGGCUGCCUAGCCGGCGCGCUGCUCGGGGACUGCGUGGGCUCCUUCUACGAGGCGCACGAUACCGUCACCCUGACGUCAGUCCUGCGUCACGUCCAGAGCCUGGAGCCGGACCCGGGCUCGCCGGGGAGCGCGCGGACAGAAGCAUUGUACUACACAGACGACACAGCCAUGGCCAGGGCCCUGGUGCAGUCCCUGCUGGCCAAGGAGGCCUUCGACGAGGUGGACAUGGCUCACAGAUUUGCUCAGGAGUACAAGAAAGACCCUGAUCGGGGUUACGGUGCUGGAGUAGUCACUGUCUUCAAGAAGCUCCUGAGCCCCAAGUGCCGUGAUGUCUUUGAGCCUGCCCGGGCCCAGUUUAAUGGGAAAGGCUCCUAUGGCAAUGGGGGUGCCAUGCGGGUGGCCGGCAUCUCGCUGGCCUAUAGCAGUGUCCAGGACGUGCAGAAGUUUGCCCGGCUCUCAGCCCAGCUGACACACGCCUCCUCCCUGGGUUACAAUGGCGCCAUCCUGCAGGCCCUGGCCGUGCACCUGGCUUUGCAGGGGGAGUCAUCCAGUGAGCAUUUCCUCCAACAACUCCUGGGCCACAUGGAAGAGCUGGAGAGUGACGCCCAGUCUGUCUCGGAUGCCAGGGAGCUGGGCAUGGAGGAGCGUCCCUACUCCAGCCGACUGAAGAAGAUUGGAGCCCUUCUAGAGCAGGACUCAGUGACCAGAGAGGAGGUGGUGUCUGAGCUAGGGAAUGGCAUUGCUGCCUUUGAAUCUGUGCCCACCGCCAUCUACUGCUUCCUGCGCUGCAUGGAGCCUGACCCUGAGAUUCCCUCUGCCUUCAACAGUCUCCAAAGGACUCUUAUCUACUCCAUCUCACUGGGGGGGGACACAGACACCAUUGCCACCAUGGCCGGGGCCAUUGCCGGUGCCUACUAUGGGAUGGAACAGGUGCCAGAGAGCUGGCAGCAAAGCUGUGAGGGCUACGAGGAGACGGACGUCCUGGCCCAGAGCCUGCACCGGCUCUUCCAGAAGAGUCUGUGAGGGCCACAGCUGCUGGGCUCCACUGUGUCCAGCAGGACCAACUACAGCUCAGAUUGGAAACCCAGAGGCUUACUGCAGCAUAGGUCGCUGCCUCCGUCAUCCUGCAGUGUGGGUGGAGCAUACCUCUGGGGCGGGGUCUCUGGGGGAGGUCAUUGGACAGUGAGUGUGGAGGGCUGGUGCCUCCAUGAUGCUCGGUUUCCAGCUCACUGCAGAGCGUUGGGCAAGCCCGGCUCCUCAGGCACACGGGAGGGAUCUGGACAGCUUUGAUCUUGGAAGGGCAUUUGUGGCAUUUUCCUUUAUUAUCUAACACGUGGGGUUGGGUGGGGGGCAGAAGUGAUCAGCAAUAGCAUCAUUUCCCCUUGUUGGGAUUUAGCCAGUUUGCCAGAGAGCAUGUCUUUGGACAGAGCCCCUGGGCAGUAAGUUUACAUGGAUCAGGGAAACCAGCACUUGCAUCUAGCUGAUCUAGAUACAUACCUGGCCCUUGACUGUCAUGGAGCUUAUUAACAGCUUCCAGCAGAACUCCCAGCAAUAAAAUUGUUGGUAAAUCCUACCACUGGUUCCUAAAUCUCUCCUGUGCCCUGGAUUCUGUCCACUUCACCCCACCCUUGACCUUCUCAAGCCUGGUGCCUCUUUAUCGGCUCUGCCAGGAGCUAGGAACACAAGGCUGCCGAGAUGUCAGGCAGAUUCCUCCAGUUCUUCCAAUUGUCUGCACAGCUGGUUCAUCCAGGAAGGGCAAAGUGAGCAUGAUUUUGUCCUUUGGUCACUCAAAGUGGCCCAGGCAGUGGGCGAGACAAGCCAGAUGUCCCUGGUUUCAAAGCCUGACUUCUUCAUAGGUUGCUUCCCAAGUAGGACCCAAGAACAGGACCCCUGUAGGAGGAUGCAGAGGGCAGUUUCUCUCACCGGAUUGCCAACCAUGGGGUGAGGAGGGUACAUCGUGCCUGUGCCCUGCGUGGACUGAAGGCUGUGUGCCUCAUUCUGUUAUCUUGGGCCCCCGUCAAAGGCCUUGGCUUGAAAGAUGGUUCUGUAUACCAUUUUGAGGAAAGGAAAAUUUUAAAAGGGAGAAGACCUCUCCCCUCAAACUUCUGGGAUAUUUUCAGAUUAUCCUAGCCUCAGGGGAGAGAGAAGCAUGCCCAGCUUUGCAGCUGACCUGAGGUUUGAGGACUGAUGGGCAGGUCUGCUUUCAGCCAAGAUUGUGUCCUGCCAGGCAGGGGCAAACCACAGGACUUCCCAGGACUUGGAUUGUUCCAGGUUUGCCGCCCCAUCCCUAGAGCCAGGGACCGAGGCCUAGUGCUCAGCAUGGGAAGCUGCGGGCAGGUGCUUUCAGUCCAGGACAGCACCUCCAGUCGUGCCUUCAGCAGCGGGCCUGGCACUGGCCCCACCCUCAGGAUCAAAGGUUCAUAGUUCUAUUCAUAAUUUGUAUCAAAUGUUGAAACUUGGUCCUUGGGAUUCUGAGCCAGCUCUCAUGCUCCCCCACCCCUAAGAGCUUGCAGGAAUGUUCCAGGGAAGCUCAAACCAUCUACCCCAGCUCCAACCCCAAUCACUGCCUUGCUUUGGUUGCUUAAAAUGCCUGUUGGCAUUUACUUGGUGCAGAGCCUUAGGCAGCUUAGGAGCAUCCAGCAUUUGCGAUGUGGUGACAGAACCCAUGGCUGGGGGCCUGGGGAGCAAUGCGUGCUCCUUGAGAGAAGGCAUAGAACGAGAGCCCCAGAGAGUUCCCUGGAUGCCUUAUGAAAUCCAGAGGCUUGAGAUGCCUCCACAUCAAUGCCAGUUCCUGCACAGCACUGUUUUAUACAACAGGUUUUAUUGAGGUGUGUCAAUACAGUCAAUACUGCUGUUUUUCUUUUCAAAAAGAAGUCCUAUGGUUUGUUUGGGUUUUUUUUUUGUUUUUUUUUUGUUUUUUUUUUUUUGAUUCCCAAGUGCGUUUUUCCCAAAUCUGUGACACAGGGCACAUAAUAAGUAUGUAGAGAACUAAGCUUCAUAUACCAAGUUAGAAAUGAAAUCACUAAUGAAAACAUUUAAACCUUAAUCUUAAAAAAAAAAAAACCAAAAAAAAAAAAAAAAACACAAA